CUCUCUCCGGCCACCAAUCAAUAAAGGCAGAGGCGCCCGUGCAAGCUUCAGCUUCUCUGUCUCUCUCUCUCUAAAAUCGUCUUGCGGUUUCGGUUGCGACCAGGCAUUGUCCGGCCGACCAUCUCGUCGGUUAAGAUGGUUUUGAUGAUAUGUUGUAGAAGUUCAUCAAGUGGCUAAUAGUUCGCUGCUUCCUCUUGCUUCUUCGGUAAAUGGGCUGUUUACCGUCGUCACAGAGAAAACAAUGCUCUGGUUACCAGGACCCUGUGGCCCUCGCUUCGCAAACAGCUUUUAGUGUCAGUGAAGUUGAGGCACUGUUUGAGCUGUACAAAAGUAUCAGCGGAUCUGUGAUUGAUGAUGGGCUAAUAAAUAAGGAAGAGUUUCAAUUGGCUUUAUUCAAGAACAGAAAGAAGGAGAAUCUCUUUGCUAACCGGAUUUUUGAUCUUUUUGAUGUUAAGCACAAGGGCUUCAUUGACUUCGGUGACUUUGUUAGAGCUCUCAGUAUUUUCCAUCCUAAGGUCUCUCAAGAAGACAAGAUUAACUUUUCGUUUAAGCUUUAUGAUUUGGAUGGCACGGGAUUCAUUGAGCGGCAUGAGGUCAAGCAAAUGUUGAUAGCUCUUCUAGGUGAAUCAGAAAUGAAAUUAGCUGACGAAACGAUUGAGAUAAUUCUUGACAAGACUUUUCUCCAAGCUGAUGUAAACGGGGAUGGGAAGAUAGAUAAGAUCGAAUGGCAGAAUUUUGUUUCAAGAAAUCCAUCCUUGCUCAAGAUUAUGACCCUCCCCUAUUUGAGGGAUAUAACAACGACGUUUCCUAGUUUUGUGUUCAAUACUGCAGUUGAGGAGAUUGUUACUAAGGAGGUUGUAUGCGAGAACUGCGACAAUUAAGAAUGAUGCUUGCUUUGUUGAGAGAAUGCGAGAUACUUCAUUAGAGGCCAAAGUAUCUGCAUUACUUCGAGAAUGGAGCAUUGCCUACUGUAGAGAUGAUUGUGCAAUAGGGUGAAGUUUUGUCAAUCUUUUUAAGCAUUUGAUAGUGCUACAUCCUGGUUGAGGAUCACUACUUCUGCAAUCCUUACUGAGUAAAGUUGCUUGUGACAUUCA